GCUCUCAGUGAUCCGGACACCUUCCAGUCUGUUCCUUACUUUUUUUCCCUGCUGAAUGCCGGCCGGUUUCUACCUCGGGAUCUUAUGAUUGCUUCAGUGGUCAGCCUCUGAGCUUGCCGUCAGGCCACUCCCUUUAACCUAUCGUCUUCUCGUGUUCUCAUAGUCGCAUCAUUAUUGCCCACCUUGCUUUUCCCCAACCAUCAUCCGCCGGUGUGGACCCUGGUAGAGUUCAACUGCCUCCGAAUUUUCCUUCUCUCACUGGCUCAGAUCUACCGGCUUACUUCUUUUGCCAUUCGAUUGCAUUCCCCACCGGUUUUCUCCGUCUCUUUUUUAUCGCUCGCCUCUUGGUCGCCUUCACCCGGCCCUUUCUUUAAACCCACCCUCUCGCCCAUCUGUUCUUCUUACCCUCGUCCGAAUCAUUCUGAAGGGUCUGAAGACAGACGACAUCACCAUGUCUGCAAAGCCAGCGGACGCCUCCCGGCCUCGCGCCGCCGACCCCAAGAAGGUCCACAUCGCCGAUACUGCCCUCACUAGCAGUAACUGGUACAAGCACGUUAACUGGCUCAACGUCUUCUUGAUCAUCGGCAUCCCUGUGUAUGGUUGCAUCCAGGCCUUCUGGGUGCCUCUGCAGGUCAAGACGGCUGUCUGGUCCGUCAUCUAUUACUUCUUCACCGGUCUCGGCAUUACCGCAGGAUACCAUCGUCUGUGGGCUCACUGCUCUUACUCUGCUCGUCUUCCUCUCCGCAUCUGGCUCGCCGCUGUUGGUGGUGGUGCCGUCGAAGGUUCCAUCCGCUGGUGGGCGCGUGACCACCGGGCUCACCACCGUUAUACCGAUACCGACAAAGACCCCUACUCCGUUCGCAAGGGUCUGCUCUACUCUCACCUGGGAUGGAUGGUCAUGAAGCAGAACCCCAAGCGUAUCGGCCGCACCGAUAUUUCCGACCUCAACGAGGAUCCCGUCGUCGUCUGGCAGCACCGCAACUACCUCAAGGUCGUCUUCACCAUGGGUCUGUUCGUCCCCAUGCUCGUGGCCGGUCUCGGCUGGGGUGACUGGUGGGGUGGCUUUGUCUAUGCCGGCAUCCUCCGUAUCUUCUUCGUCCAGCAGGCUACCUUCUGUGUCAACUCCUUGGCUCACUGGCUCGGUGAUCAGCCCUUCGACGACCGCAACUCUCCCCGUGACCACGUCAUCACUGCUCUCGUCACCCUUGGUGAGGGAUACCACAACUUCCACCACGAGUUCCCCUCCGACUACCGCAACGCUAUUGAGUGGCACCAGUACGACCCCACCAAGUGGAGUAUCUGGACCUGGAAGCAGCUCGGUCUGGCCUAUGACUUGAAGCAGUUCCGUGCCAACGAGAUCGAGAAGGGCCGUGUUCAGCAGCUCCAGAAGAAGCUCGAUCAGAAGCGUGCCAAGCUUGACUGGGGUACUCCUCUUGACCAGCUGCCGGUUAUGGAAUGGGACGACUACGUCGAACAGGCCAAGAACGGCCGCGGUCUGAUUGCUAUUGCCGGUGUUGUUCAUGACGUGACCGAUUUCAUCAAGGACCACCCCGGUGGCAAGGCUAUGAUCAACUCUGGAAUUGGCAAGGACGCCACUGCCAUGUUCAACGGCGGUAUCUACUACCACUCCAACGGUGCCCACAACCUUCUGUCGACCAUGCGUGUGGGUGUGAUCCGUGGUGGCUGCGAAGUCGAGAUCUGGAAGCGGGCCCAGAAGGAGGGCGCCGAGUAUGUUCGCGACGGCACUGGCCAGCGAGUCAUCCGGGCUGGUGAGCAGGUCACCAAGAUCCCUGAACCCAUCCCCACCGCUGAUGCCGCAUGAGCGGUCCUUUGUCCAUGAUGCUUUCCCCUUAUAUUCUGAUGUAUCAUUUGCGCUCUCGCAUCCUUGCUUGUCUCUCGACUCCGAUGAGCCUUCGUAUUUAAUUUAGCACUCGGGGCGUUCUUUCUUUCGUGUGUUUGGCGUUGCUGGAGUUGGCCGAUCUUCAAGUCGACGGAGCGGGUUUUGAGUCGACGCCGGGUUUUACGGCAUUCAUUCGAAAAGUGACGUGAUGUGAUGAGGAACAUUGACUGUUAAAAUCCUGAAUAGAAUCUUGAUAUCCAAAGUCACCCUGAACCAUUUUAACAGCACG